AUGGAUGCGAUGUUAAGUGAUUGUGACUUCGCCAUCGUAUACCUUGAUGACAUUUUGAUAAAGAAAAUAUUCAAGAGAAUAAGUGAAUAUGAGCUAAAACUGGCAGAAGGAAAAUGCAAAUUUUUGAUGGAAAAAAUAAAAUGCCUAGGUCAAGUAAUUGAUGAAAGUGAACACAGACUGGAACCAUCAAGAGCAAUAACAGUACAAAAUAUGCUGUCCCCAAUGAACGUGACAAGGCUACAAGCAUUCCUAGGCUUGGUAAAUUUAUUACCAAGUGUAUAUCCCAAAUGGGUUUGGACAGAGAAAUGUCAGAAAGCAUUUGAGUUAAAAGAUGUAUUAACUUCAGACUUGUAUCUUAUGCAUUUUGACCCAAAAACACAGUUUAUAUCCUGUGAGAUGUUUAUGUUAGAACAUAAAAUUAUAGCACCGUAUCACCCUAGAUCGAAUGGAAAGACUGAAUGGUUUGUGGACCCCUUUAACAAAGCUUUAAAGAAAGCUAAUAAGGAAGCUAUGGACAAGGUUGCGAUCCAACAAUUCUUAAGGCUAUACAGGGUAACUUUGAACCCAAAUGUAUCAGAAGGAAGCCCUCCAACAGAAUUAAUGUUUGCCAGAAAGGUGAAAUCAGUAUUUGAUAAAUUGUUACCAGUGAAGAGAAAAAAUACGUGCUAG